AUGGGUAAUGGUAAUAUUAGUCGAGCUUUCAUUCAUCUUAAUCCAACUAAAAAAUGUUAUCUAACUGGUGAUAUCAUAUCUGGAACUGUUGGUUUAAAUCUUAUACAAGCAAAACGGGAAGUUGAUAAAACCUAUAUAGUCGAACUUAUAGGAGAAAUUGGUUAUACAACAACAGAAACUUAUUCAUAUGGGAAAGGAAGAACAACAAUAACUAAAUAUCAUCAUCCAAAAUUUUACAAAAAAACAGUUAAUUUAACAACGCCCAAUGUUGAACGAGACAUAUAUUAUUGGCCAUUUCAAUUUCAAUUACUUAAUCAUCUUCCACCAACAAUAAAUAAACGUCAAAAUUAUCCUCAUGUGAAAUAUUAUUUACAACUUAGUAUGUAUAAAGAAGGUUCGAAGUCAGAAAAUAAAGUUAUGAAAUAUUUAACAAAAAUUUAUCCAUGUGUUAAUUUAUUAGAAAAUCUUGAAUGUUUAAAACCAAUUCACAUUAAAUAUAAUGAGAAAAAUAUUAUAUUACAUGUUACUUUAAACAAAUCAGGAUAUGUUCCUGGUGAAGUAAUUUAUAUGACAUUACAAAUUGAAAAUCCACGGAAAGCUUUAGUUCAACGUAUUGAUCUUGCAAUGAUAAAAAAAUAUAUAAUUCAACAAUGUAAAUGUAAAGAUAUGAUAUUUAAAGUAACAUUGCCAAAAAUUUUAAAUGUAAAAGACGAACAAAUACAAGAAGUAUUUGAUAUACGAAUUCCAUCUUUAUUAUUACCUCCAUCAUAUGUAUCUCAUGAAGGAAUUCGUCAAAAUGCUUCGAUUGAUAUUUCUUAUAAACUUGAACUUGCAAUUAAAAUUCAAGGUUUUUUUAAUGAUUUUUAUGUUGAUAUUCCAAUUACAUUAGGAACAGAGCCAAAUCCUGAUUUUAAUCAUCAACAAAUAUCGAAUCCGAUGGUGAUUCCUGAUUAUUCAAUAUUUAAUGAUGAUGAUGAUGAUCUACCACCUGAUUAUUAUUCUGCUGUACAAAAUCUAGAAAGAUUGGACGUUCAAGAUUAA